GAAACUUCCGGUCUCGUUGCGGUAGCUUGCAUUACUCGACUGGCUACCUCCACGUUUUUGUUGGCGUCUUUCUACAGCGAAAGUUGUGUUGUAUAGCACACUGGAUUACUUAUACAACUAAUAUAAGGACAGGACAGGACAUGAGACGGGAGUAGAAAUUAACGUUGGCAUUGUUUAAUGCGUUCCACACGAAGAACAUUACAAGCGUUUCAACGUACAGGUGCAGUAGAUGGUAUAGAGUAUGAUACUAGAAUAUCAAUACACAACAAUAACAUUGGACAACAACUGCCGAUAAACAAAAACCAAAGGAGAACCAUCGAGCGACGGAUCAGAAUAUAUUUGUUAUAUUGAACCUUUAUUUAACUAGGCAAGUCAGCCAAUAUGAAGACUUCUUUGCCCUUCUGGUUGUGUACAACGUCAAUGUACAUCAUCGGAAUAUCAUCAACAUCUAGUGAUACAGUUGUUCAACCCAUUGUGGCCUUAGUUGGUGAUGACGUCAUCCUGCCUUGCACCCUGAGACACACCGUCAGUGCUGUGCAUCAGUCAGUAGAGUGGCAGAGACCGGACCUAAAACCAAAAGAGGUCCAUCUUUACAGAGAUGAGAAGGACGAUCUUGUGCUCCAGAAUCCAGUCUUCAGGGGAAGGACGUCACUGUUUAAAGAAGAACUAGAGAACGGCAACACUAGUUUAAAGUUGACCAGAGUGAAACUCUCUGAUGCUGGUAACUACACCUGUUACAUUCCACUGCUGAACCACCAGAAAACCAUCAUUCAACUCCUUGUUGGUGAGUCAACACACCUGCUGACCACCCAAACCCCCUUAAGAGACAGAUCUCAUGAAAUCAGGGGUGCUGUGUCCAGACCAGUUAUCAUCAUUGAGGGAAUGGAAGGCGAUGAGGUGGUCCUGCGGUGUGAGGCUGAAGGCUGCUACCCAGAGCCUGUCAUGGAGUGGUGUGACGCUCAGGGACGUGUCCUCCCUGCUGCUGGACCUACAGAGACGUCCAGAGACCGUGAAGGCUGCUACACUGUGACGAGCCAUGUCAUCGUCCCGAAGUCUGACAACAACACCUUCACCUGUCGCGUUCAACAGUUGGAGAUCAAACACAUGAAGGAGAGACUGGUUCAUGUUCCAGAUCAAAUGUUUCCUAAGACUUGUCAUUCCUGCUGGCUGACAGUUCUUGUCACAGUUCUUGUCACAGUUCUUGUUGAAGCUGUAGCUGUAGGUCUCUACCUGUUGAUGAAAAAAUGGAUAUUGACCUUCAGAAAGGAGGCGUGGACGUCAUUAAUGAAGAACAAGGAGACGACGAAGAAUGAGGAAGAUGAGGCCUGUGAAUCCCAGUCUGUCAUUGGUUUAGAUGAUGUGAAAUGAUCUAUGAUUAUAGUAUUAUGUGCCAUUUAACAGACAUGUUUGGAUGGUCCCAGGAAUCAAACCCACUAUCCUGGAGUUACAAGGACCUUAACUAUGACUACAUAGGAAUAUGCAUAUAUUUUUGAGUAAAUUUAGGAGACUCUCUUAUCCAGAGCAACUUACAGGAACAAUUAGGGUUAAGUGCCUUGCUCAAGGGUACAUUGGCAGACUUUUCAUCUUGUCAUCUCAGGGAUUUGAACCAGCGACAUUGGUUACUGGCCCCACGCUCUUAACCACUAGUCUACCUGCCACUCCAUAUAUGGCACUGUGUCAGAAGCAUUAGUUAUUUAUAUGAGACAUCUUUGGUGUAGUUUAUGUAGUCUGUAAUAGGUGCUGAUUUAUUUGACAGGGACAGUGCAUAUAGUGAAAGGACCAGCUAUUGCAUACAGAAGCAAUCAUUGCCUGGCUGAGUUGGUGAGAGACUUCUGUAUUGUCGGGGUCGCGGCAGAGGUCACACGUAGGGAGUUGCAGAAGGGACAGUCUUAUCAGGCUCUUCUCAGGUACUAAGAUUUGUCUCUGGGGUCAUAAUGACCUUUAACUGUGCCAGUAAUCUGGAGGCUGAGUUGGUGAGAGACUUCUGUGAUGCCGGGGUCGCGGCAGAGGUCACACGUAGGGAGUUGCAGGAGGGACAGUUGGUGAGGGUGUUUCUCAAUCUUGCUCCUGGAGACCUAAAGGUUCGUUUUGUUUUGGGAAUCAAUGGAAUGGUAUCAUACACACAUGGAAACCACAUGUUUGACUCCGUUCCAGUGAUUCCGUUCCAGCCAUUACAAUGAGCCUGUCCUCCUAUAUCUCCUCCCACCAGCGCCCACUGACUGGG